AUGAUGCAGUACAAAAGAAAAAGCAAAAAGGAUGCUGAUGAGGAAUCAGCACAAAUUCAAAAGGAGUCAAAACAAGGUCAUAUAAUUGAUCGAUGGGGCCAGAAGUACAGUGAGUAUCCGCCACCCAAAACAUGUACUUACAUUAAUAUUAGUAGUGGUUCUUCAUUUCUUCAACAGCCAUUCACAGUUAAUUAUUUCCCAUUAGCAUUUGGCUUCAUCGAAACAUACCUGCUGGGCACAAUUUCUCGUACAGUUUACUACGAGGAUAAACAUCAGGUGGUGAAUGAAACGUGUAUACCCAAGAAAAGUAGAGAUUUUAGCAGAUUGAUACCAGGCGAUCUUACCACAUAUGAAUUUCAAUUUGGUCACGAGGCCGAAUAUAAGCGGCAAUACAUGAGUGCUUAUUUUGCGAUUACCAAGAAAAAAGCAGGAUGGGAUUGCAAUAGGCAUUACGAAAUUAUAGCAUCUGCAGCUACGCCAUAUUUUGAGAAUCUGAACGAGUCAGGAAGCUAUACGUUAAGUCACCCUCAACUAUCUGUUUCAACACUUAAAAGUCUAAUUUAUUGA